GCAAGACGUUAGUGACGACCGCGGCAGUAUUUUGACCAAUUUCAUUGAGCGAAGUAAAUCUUAAAGUGCAUUGUAAUUAAACUCCUUCAUUGUUUCCUUAAAUGAGUCAUUAGUGGUUGUGUGUGUCGUUAAGAUUGUGAGUUAUCGUGCUUUGUGCUUAGACGCGGUGUUAGAUAAGGCCGAACGGUUUGAAAAAUCGAAGCGGCAAUAAGAAUAAAAUAAGACUUUGCUGUCUAAAUAAACAGAGUUAACGAGCUCAUUGAUAAGCCAAAAUCAGCCAGCGUUCAGUGCGCGGUGAACCGCAUUAAAAUAAACAACAAUUCCUUUGUCUAGUGCUGUUUAUUGGAAAUAGUGUUGAGUUUGAUGUUAUAAAUAGUAUAACAAAUAACUAUCGUAUGCAUUAUUAGUAUCAUCUAUCAAACGCCAAUUCGUGUGUAUAUCAACUGCAAAAUGCGUAAUAUAAGCGCCAAAAUAACAGCGCUUGUUGUUCUACUUGUCAUUCCGCUUGCAUUUGUGACUUCAGAUUCCGAUCAACUGGAGUUCUCGACGAGCGAAUGUUCGCUGAAGGAACCCAUCUAUGGCGAGAUUUUUAAUUUUAGUGGCUUGCACUCGGAGUUGGGACAUGUGAUUAGCAGCGUAAGCAACGAUAUUUUUGAGUUUAAUGUCUGUGGCAAUUUAACACGUAACUGCAACAAUGAAAGCAAUGCAGCCGCCUGCCUAAGGAGGCAGGGCAAGGAAUAUGUCCUAGGACGCCAGCAUGAGCUACAUUAUCGUAAUGGGAAGAUGUUCUUGAAGUAUUUAAGUGGCGUUAAAUGUGAGAACGGAACGAACGACCAACCCAAUUACCAGCUGCAUGUAACUCUAAGUUGUGACUACACCCUGGAUGCCACACAGCUGUACAUUACGCCCUACAGUCAGGAGGCUUGCUCCUUUUACAUUAACUAUGAGACCCCUCUGGCCUGUUUGCGUAUACCUGACGCCGUUCAGUCCAAUAGUUGCAGUGUGCACGACCAACAAACGGGUCACACCUUCGAUCUGCUGCCACUAAGCGACAUGAACUACAGAACAAGCGAUCGCCAGGGAACCUUCUUUGUAAUCAAUGUGUGCAAACCCGUAUUGUAUGGCGAGAAUUCCAUGUGCCCCGUAGGCAGCAGCAUUUGUCGUUACUCACCCAAAAUUGAGAACAUUAAAGAGCGCUUUACCAAUUACGGCACUGUGCAGCCGAAGCCCACAAUUGAGAACGGUCAACUGCUGCUUCGUCACGAGUCCACCACGCGCUGUGCCAGCAACCCAAGUGCCAACUAUUCGAGUGUUGUUUUCUUCUACUGCGAUAAGGAUGUGAAGAAUGCACAUCCAGAGUUUGCGGGCAUGGCGGACUGCCACUAUCAGUUUAAUUUUGUAACACCGUUGGCCUGUAAUGAUCUGAAACCCUGCACUGGCAUCAUACGUGGAAAUGAGCUUCUGGAUUUGAGUCCGUUAAGCAGUGUGGCGCCUCACAUACUGAGCAAGGAUGACAAGAAUUACACGUUUGCUGUGUGCGCCAGCGCCGGUAAGCCUUGCCUGGCGAAUAACGGCGCCUGCUUCGAACAAAACGCUCAGACCACCAGCUUGGGCAACGUCAAUUCGAAUUUGCGUUUCAAUCAGAGCGGCUCGCCCUAUUUGCUGUACGAGGGCGGCGCCAAUUGUCGCAUAUCGUCAGGCACUACGCCCUGGACUACGAAAAUUGAAUUUGUCUGUGCGAACAAUGCCACCAAGGACAAAGGCGGUGUAGAUGCUGUGAAAAUAAUUGAGGACUCCAAUUGCCAGUUGUUAAUUCAAUAUCAGACACCCUACGCCUGCCAUAAGCAGAUUACAUGCAGUGUCCCGGUCUUUGUGCAGAAUACGGCAGAUGGCACUGGAAGUGGCGGUAUGGAGAAUGUCGAUUUGACGCCUUUGAUUAGUGCCAGCAUGAACUAUGAAGCUGUAGUUCCUGAAAAUAUGACCGAAAAGCUGUCCAAGGAUACUAAGUUCUUUCUAAAUGUGUGCCGUCCAUUAGUGCCGAAAUACCAAUUAGGCUGCGCUGGAGGCUCGAGCGCAUGCAUGGCCAAAGUGACUGCGUCCGGUGCGCCCGAGGAGGAGCGUAGCCUGGGCUUCCCCCUGGUCGCACUGACCGCCAGUAAUCGCAAAAGAGCCGAACUUCUCUACAUGAAUGGCGAUCCGUGUCCCGAGGACAAGAGCAUGAAUCUGUCGACGCGCAUUGAGUUCAGCUGCAAUAUGCGGGCGGGUCGCGGCAAACCGGUGCUGCGCUCCAUAGGAGACUGCCAAUAUGGAUUCGAUUGGGAGACGAGCGUCAUUUGCCCGCCACACGAGUGCAUUUUCAACGCGGACAGCUGCGACAUUGUGCAGGACGAGGUGAAAAUGAAGUAUAACUUGAAGCGAGCAGACUUUACCAACGAUGGCAAAAUUGAGAUUGUAUACAACAGCACAAAACUAACGAUCAACAUAUGUGGUCAGCAUCGCAAGGCACUUACGGACUACUCACAGGAUUCGGUUAACAUUUUCUUUUCACAUGAGGCGCCUGGCUGCGGCACGGAGGGCCAAAUGGACGUCCACAUACGUUUGAUUUGCAGCAAUAGAACGGAGAAUGUCAGCAAGGUCUCUGGUGGCAAGCAAUGCAAUUUGCUCUUUGAGCAGCGCACUGCAAGCAUUUGCAAUUUUCUGGGCCUGGACGUGCCAGUGCUGGCCGAUGCGGAUGGUUCGCAGUCAGCGGCAACAACAGCAACACCGAGCGUGCCACCAACAGGAGGAGCACCAGCUGCAUCAACAAUAACAACGACAACGCAAGCAACAACUCCAGCUGCUACAGUGGGGCCAAAGGGAUCGGUGGGCACCAUUCUGGCCGCCAUACUGUCCGUGACGGCCUGUGUGGUGUGCUUGGGUCUGUUCGCCUUCUCGCCGGCGCGUCGGCAGCGGGUGCGUCGCCUCUUCAGACGCAGCGGCUCCGCUGUAAGAUAUUCAAGGGUACAAUCGAAUGAGGAGGCUAAUCUGCUGCUCGAGCCCAAUGGGGAGUUCACUGAGAGCGACGAUGAUAUGCUACUUUAGAGAUAUAGGCGUCACCAUUUUCGAUUCGUCUGUGAGUAUUAUUGGCGUGAGAACUGAUUUUUAUGCAAAAGACGCAAACAAAAGACAAAAGUCGAAAACCCAAAGUUUAAAUAAGUAUGUUGAACACCAAAGAAAUGGAACUGAUUGUGAGGAAUAACUACUACUAAAACGCGAGGAGGAGAGCUACAAAAUGAAAAUUGAUGUUGUUUUGAUAAUAAUGAUGCUGAUGCUGAUGCUUAUUGUACCAUAUGCCGCGUAGGUUAUACUAUACAAACGAACAUACAGACAAAACUAAUUAAUGGAGCUACAUAAAUGUAUAUUUUAUAUACCUGCAAACCUUAUAGCUAUAGCUUAAUAAUAUAUACCCGUAUAAUCCAAAGAAUUGCACAAGACAAUUUCUUUGAAAUUUGGCGCGCGUUCAUCAACGGCAUUUGGUCAUUUGGAUGGAAAGAUAGUAUUGUUGGGUGAUAUAUGUGAACGCGGCCUGCUUUAUGUAAGAAAGAUCUUUUAACAAGCGAACUAAUUGCUUUCCAUGUAUGUGAUUUUCAAACUUAACAACUAAUUAUAAAUUUUUCUCUUUUGUUCCUAAACGGCGACGAUUUGUAUUAUUUGAGAGACAUGACUCUUUGAAAAAUGUACUUAAUUUUUUAUUUUU